CGUCUUCGCUCGCGCUUAGGAAAUUGUUCCGUGUCGUUUCAAGAUGGCGCCUUUGUAGGUAGAAGUCGGAUUUAAAGCUGUAUUUCACAGUUUCCUCGACUCUUACUCAACGAAACACGAUCUCAAAAGAGUUGUGAUCAUUCGGGACUUCAGGAUGGAGUCGAGCUCCGGAGAAAAGCAGCAGCGCUCCAGUGUGGCAUCCCAGUUCUUCACGGGGGCAGAGGAUGCGGCCAGCGAUAUGACCACGAACGAAAAGGUCGUGGACCUUCUGAACCAGGCCGCUUUAAUGUCCACCGAUGAUAAACUCACUGCCCUUAAGCAGGUGCAAGAGUUGAUUAUUAAUAAGGAUCCUUCAUUGCUUGACAAUUACCUGGAUGAGAUGCUAGCAUUUCAGAAUGACAAAUCAAUCGAAGUGAGGAAAUUUGUUAUUGGUUUCAUUGAAGAAGCAUGUAAAAGGGACAACGAGCUCUUGCUGAAGCUUUUAGGGAAUUUAAACAUGGUGUUAAAGGACGAGAGCGUAAACGUUGUGAAGAAGGCCAUCCUGACACUCACUCAGCUUUACAAAGUGACACUGCAGUGGCUACUGCGCACGAAGAGCAUCUCCGACGUGCAGGAGGGAUGCUGGGACAUGGUGACCCAGAUGAAGGGGGAAGUUCUGGCUCUGCUCGACUCGGAUAACGACGGCGUUCGGACGCACGCCAUCAAAUUCACCGAGUCGCUCAUCAUCACGCUGUCGCCUCGCACGUCUGACUCGGACGUCCCCAAGAAGCAGGAAGGGGACAUCAGCCUGGACAAAGUUCCAAAGGACCAUUCAUAUAUUCGCUACGAUGUUCUGUGUGAAGAGGGAAAGUCAGCUCUGGAGCAGCUCCUGAAGUUCAUGGUUCACCCGGCCAUCUCCAGCAUUAAUCUGACCACAGCUCUGGGCUCCCUGGCCACGCUAGCCCGACAGAGACCCAUGUUCAUGUCUGAGGUCAUACAAGCUUAUGAGACUCUACAUGCCAACCUGCCCCCGACGCUUGCCAAGUCUCAGGUAAGCAGCGUGCGCAAGAGCCUUAAGCUGCAUCUGGUGUCCGUGCUGCGGCACCCGAGCAGCGUGGACUUCCACAGCCAGAUCUCUACACUCCUGCUGGACCUGGGGAUGGCCCAGAGCGAGAUCGCCCGCUGCGUGCCUGCCGCCGCACAGGUUCGCAAGAGACCGCGGCACGAGCCUUACAGCGAGGGCAAGCGGAUCAAAAUGGAACCCACUCUGAUUGAGGAUGAUGACGAUAAGGAGGAGCCGGCACCCAUCAUUGCACCCAAGCCACUGGCCACCACGGGCACGCAGUCUGCCAUAGACCUCACAGCAGAGUUCCUGCUGCCUCUGCUCACACCAGAGAACGUGGCCAACCUGGUGCUCAUUAGCAUGGUUUACCUGCCAGAUAACAUGCCAGCCUCCUUCCAAGCUACUUACACACCUGUGGAGUCAGCAGGCACAGAUUCCCAAAUCAAACAUCUGGCCAGGCUCAUGGCCACGCAGAUGACCGCAAGUGGACUUGGACCAGGUCUGGAGCAGUGCAAAGCCCGAGACGAAGAAGGGAAGGAGGUAGAGGCUGAUGCUGCUGUGGCAGAGACCAGCUCUAAAGACCCCAUCAUCAUCCGGAAAGUGUCAGCGGUGUCUCUGGGCCAGGCCAUCUCUGUAGUCGGGGCCUACAAGAGCGAAGCCACGGAGGAGACGCCUCAGGCCAAGAAACUCCCAGAACCCAUUCUGCCUUCUACACAGCCCAAAGCACCUGGGAGCAGUGGACGAAAGAAAGUCUUCCGAUUGGCUGAUGUGGUCCAGCCCUUGUCCGACUCCCAGAUCGAUAAGCUAAACAGCAUGGCCGUCAGACGCAUCCUCCAAUCGGAAAAGGCCAUCGCAAGAAGCGGGAUGUCCCAUGUUCGCGUGAAGCUGCUAGCAAGACUAAUCACUCAGUUCAAGGGUGCAAUGAAGGACGACAUGCUGCGUUUCAUCCUGGAGGAUAUCCGGAGCCGCAUCGACCUCGCUUUCGCGCUUCUCUAUCAGGAGUACAACCAGUACCUGAGCGAGCUGCCGUCAGGCUCGCUGGACAGCUAUGAGCACUGCUUAUUCGCGCUGCUCUCAGGCCUCCAGGAGCGGCCUGAACAGAGAGACGGGCUGUUCAAUAAGUUGGUGCUCGAGGCUCCUCUGAUCACAGAGUCAGCCCUGGAGGUGAUCCGGCGCUACUGUGAGGACGAGUCUCGUGUUUACCUCGGCAUGCCCACUCUAAAAGAUCUCAUCCUGAAACGCCCUUCCAGACAGUUCCAGUACCUCCACGUUCUCCUGGAUCUCAGCUCUCACGAGAAAGAAAAAGUGCGCUCAGCUGCUUUGAACAUCAUCAAGUGGAUGUAUGAGAAGGACCACCUGCGAGACUACAUUGAAAAGUUUGCUCUGAACUACAUGCAGCUGCUGGUUCACCCGAACCCGCCCUCGCUACUGUUCGGAGUCGGAGAGGACACAGAGGUGGCGGCUCCCUGGACGGAGGAGACGGUGAGACAGUGUCUGUACCUCUACCUCUCCCUCCUUCCUCUCAACCACCGCUUGGUCCACGAAUUAGCGGCCGUCUACACCGAAGCCAUCGCUGACAUCAAGCGCAGCGUGCUCCGUGUCAUCGAGCAGCCUAUCAGGGGAAUGGGCAUGAACUCUCCUGAUCUCUUGCUGCUGGUUGAAAACUGUCCCAAGGGGGCGGAGACUCUGGUCACACGCUGUCUGCACAUACUGACUGAUAAAGUCCCUCCGUCUCCGGACUUGGUGGAACGAGUACGGGAUCUCUAUCACAAACGAGUGCCAGAUGUGCGUUUCCUCAUCCCGGUCAUCAACGGCCUGGAAAAGAAAGAGGUGAUCCAGGCAUUGCCCAAACUCAUCAAGCUGAACCCCAUAGUAGUCAAAGAGGUCUUCAAUCGCCUGCUGGGCACACAACACAGUGAAGGUAGUUCCUCCGUGUCUCCUCUGACUCCUGGCGAACUCCUCAUCGCGCUCCACAACAUCGACUCCACCAAGUGUGACAUGAAGUCCAUCAUCAAAGCUACUAACCUGUGCUUCGGCGAGAAGAACGUGUACACAUCGGAGGUGCUGGCUGUGGUGAUGCAGCAGCUAAUGGAUCAGAGUCCUCUCCCUAUGCUGCUCAUGCGAACCGUCAUCCAGUCGCUUACAAUGUACCCUCGCCUGGCCGGCUUUGUCAUGAACAUCCUCACUCGCCUGAUCCCCAAACAGGUGUGGAAGUACCCCAAGGUGUGGGAAGGUUUUGUGAAGUGCUGCCAGCGCACCAAGCCGCAGUCCUACACCGUUCUGCUACAGCUGCCGCCCGCUCAGCUAGCCAGCGUGUUCGAGCGCUGCCCUGAGAUGAGGGAGCCUCUCCUACAGCAUGUCCGCUCCUUUACCCCACACCAGCAAGCCCACAUUCCAUCAUCCAUCAUGGCUAUUCUGGAGGCUAACAGUAGGAUGCCAGAGCCAGAACCACCACAGCAUGAACCUGAGCUCAUGAAAGCACAUGAGGAGAGAGAGUUACACACUCAGGUAUUUGUGAGGCCCAUAACACAAACGGAAACUCCAGCUCCAGUUGUAGUAGCUCCUCCUGAGCUAGCACCCGAGUCAGUCGCCAGAAGGGAGGAAAUGGAGGAGCCUAUGGAGGAAGGAGAGGCAGGUACAGAAUGUCUAGAGAUCGCCACCGAAGCCACAACACAGAUUGAAGCACUUGAAAAUGAAUCCGGAGCCACCCCUGUUUCCCAGGAAAAGGCAGAGGAACCAAUGGAGACAACUACAACCGAACCUGCAGAAGACCAGCCGCGAGAAGUGGUGGACGACAGCGGCGCAGAACCUGAAACACGAGCAGACGAUCCUGAAUAAAACGAACACGUGCACUGACAAAAUCGUCUUCUCUCAUCCAAGUUCAGCAUACCUGUCUGAGUCUGAGAUCUAGAACUAAUAAUAUAGUUUAUUGUUUAUUCUGAUUACUUAGAUUUUUUUUCCCCUUAGUUCUGUACUGUUGUGAAAAAAAUAUUGCUUUUGGAUAAUAAAGAACUCUGUGUACAGUUU